CCGGCUUAUGACACGCCCCUUUUUCGUCACUUUGGAGAACACUUUUGCCGAACACGGAGGUCACGCCGGAGAUCAAUCGAAUUUUCCUCUGGUAGUAACUGCUUGACGCCUGUUUUGUGCAUUUAACAUUCCCCAAAGUCAUCUCAUCAACGCAUAAAAUGGCCCUGGUCGCAAAAAAGCUGCUCCCCCUGUUCGACAGAAUUUUGAUCCGACGAGCUGAAGCGAUCACCAGAACCAAGGGCGGCAUCGUCAUCCCUGAAAAGGCUCAGGGCAAAGUUCUCCAUGGCGAGGUUAUCGCUGUUGGUCCAGGAGCCAGAAACAAUAAGGGAGUUGUUAUCCCUGUUUGCGUCAAAGUCGGAGACAACGUCCUGUUACCUGAAUAUGGAGGCACAAAGGUUCAGCUGGAGGACGACAAGGAGUACCAUUUGUUCAGAGAGUCUGAUAUCUUAGCCAAGAUCGAGUCUUAAAUGUCCUCAACAGGAGUGUUGUGCAUGAACAUUGAUCGAGUAGUAUCUGAUAAUUUGCAGCAUUUCAAACCAUUUUUUGUAAUCCACUUCAGAGUGGGAAUAUUUUUUAUGUACUAGUUCGUGAAAUUAAAAAUUUAUCUGUUUUGCCGAUUUAAA